AUGGGGAUGAUGAUCUGCGGUCCCGCGACCAUUGCGGCGAUGACGCUGGAAGAAGCCAUCAACCAGGCCAACUCCGCGGCGAUCGAGAGGAGCAGACGCGACUACCACAGAGCUCGUUCUCACAUCCAACGUGGAGCUCACGGCGUAGCUCGACAAAAAAAUCCCUCGUUUCCUACUCCCCUCUCCCUCUCUCUUCCCCCUCUCUUUCGCCCCACCUCCCACACCGUUCCUCGCCCCCACCCACCCCCCCCCCUCCUCUCUCCCCUUACUUCCUCCCCCGCUCCCCUCCCCCCCUCCCCCAGCCUUCUCCCCGCACUCUCAGGCGCUGCCAAGCUGACCAUCACGGGCGCGUGUGGUUCCAGAAGCGGGGGUGACGCCUUCCCCAUAUUCACCUCCUCCUUGUCGUCGGGCUCCACGGCGAGGCAGUUGACUCUGGUCAACCUCAGCUUCCAGCAGGCUGACAAGUUCCCAAUAAUGGACACGCCUCCCAAGCGUCUCUUCGCGGACUGCAUUUUCUUCAACAGCACGGCGCCCAUGGGGGGUGGCGCCGUCAACAUAGACGCGCUCACCUUCGAUGCAUUCGGCCUCACUGACCGCGUGCCGGCUCUCACUUUCCUGCGCUACGCAUCUGGGGGAGCAGUUUACUCCAAAGACGCCGCCCUCACGUUCGUCAACACCAACCUAUUUAGCAACAAGGCCCGUGGCACUGCCGCUGUCAACGGUGUCACCUCUGGCACAGGCGGUGCAGUCUACGCCGCCGCCUCGGGAACAAACACCGACGCUGCUCUGCGCUUCUGCUCGACAACCUCCUUCAAGUAUAAGGGCGCCAGUGUUUUCGAUGGCGCCAACCUGUACAUGGAAGUGGGCGUGGUCGGAUCGCGGUGGGCGGCUGCGUUGGCGUUUUGCGGCUGUAGCAAGCCGAGUGGGAGCGUGGUGCCCACGAGUGGGUGGCAGCUGCUGACCAGUUGCUCUGCCAGGUGA